UUUGCGCUUGGGGCAAUGACGCAGCUAGUGAGGUAAUACCGAGGCGCGUCAAUUGCUGGUUGAAAACUAUUUCCAAACCCCCUCUUUGGCCCUCCCGGGCCAUCGAGAAUUUCUGGAAGGGUUCCUCUUUUUCGAAGGAGGGAAAGCCCUACAAAACUCCAAUUCUCGAAAGAUUUGCUUAGCAUGACGCAACUUACCUGGUUCUUGUCAAACUAGUGUCGCGAGGCCAGCAGGAGAUUAAAAUUAUGUCCGAUUCUGACAUAGGCAUCGUGGUCCUGUUCAACGUUAUCGAGCCGUUCCACCGGUUCGUGGGCGCCGGCAUGAUGACCGACCUCGAAUACCCCAUGAACAGCAACACCGUCCCCAUCUGGUUCGCUCAAGAUUCAUUCCACGAAAUUUUAGUAUCAUCUUUGUCCUGGAUAAUGCGCAGAUCGUUGCUGUCAUUGGGCCCAUGAUUAUCUUUGCCAUCUUCUACAUCAGGAGGAGGAACUCGUACGAUCUGCCCCGUGCCAUACUAGGAUUGGUGGUUGCUUCAGUUUGCUACCUGCAGUUCUUUCCAGCUCCAUCGGACGAGAAAGGGUUCUGGCCUCACGCGCACUCCAGGUACAUCACCGAGCGGGAGGGCGAGAGCCAAACGCUGCGCUCCACAGAAUUGGGUAACACAGACUCAACAGCAAAUGUCUCUUGGCACGGUCAGAUGGGAAGGCAAACGAGCCAAGCGUUGGAUGCGUUGGAAGCCGGCAGAGGAGAUCAAUGACAGCAUGAGUGCAUGAUAGCAGGUGUUGCGUAUGUACUAGUUUAACGAUGAUGUGCAGAAUUAUCUCCAUGGAGUCACCGGGCAUAGUUUGUGAUUUUGCUAACCCACAUGCAUAUUUGUAUUAUUUCUUUUAGAUUACACAGGCUGUAGUUGCUUGACUAUUCAUUUUUAUCGGCCGCUGUGCUGUAAGGUACCUAGUUUCUGGUGACUGGAGUUCUUAUCAGUGCUGCUGCAAGAAAAGAGAUUGAGAUGUGUAACAAUGAUGUAUGCACCAGGCCUGGUGCUUCAUCAAGCAUACUUCUUGGUCCACUACUCUGCCUAGCGUGUUGAUUUCUCGGUUAAUACAACUGUCGAGGGUCUUAGCAGCAGAUCCUAAUGGGCAUAAAGGUAUAUUUCUAUUUUGUCGUCUUGAUUGUGAAAUGAAGAUUUGCCAAAAGUCUACAUUGGCAUUUCCCGACUGAAUGGGUUUCUGAAGUACGCAAAUCCUGGCCAAUGGCCAUGGAGGACAUGAAUCCGUACAUUGAAAUUUGAAACGCAGUACUGGGCAGCAUGAAUCAGCUGUCUCAGUGUAAUUGCGGCAUUCUCCCAGCAAUGAAAUUUCUAGAGAGUCGAAAUGCGGCUCACUGUUGGCAAAUGAGCCGCAGUAACAUGAAUCAGUUGUAUCUCAUGACAUAAUUCGUGUCCUUUGUAAUGAAGAAUGAUGGGGUAACGUGCAUGCUUUAUCUGCAUUUUGAAGAUGAUUCCACGCCUUCUUUUCCUGUGAGGUUCGGGAAAAAGCAGGCGGAUAAGUUCAGAUCUGUUACUCGAAUAAGAAAGAGUGCACGGUCACUC